GUUCUUCCAAGCCAAGAUUUUGCCAAGGUCAUACAGCUUAGCCUUCAACCACAGCAGACCAAGACAGAUCUUUCGAGUCUCGAUGUACCCUAACGUCCAAGAGCAGGGUGCCCUGCAGGCUGCUGAAAACCUCAUGAAUGAAAUCAUGGCGCGUUAUGAUCCAUCUCACGACGCCUUUCAUGUGCAGCGUGUGCGCCAAACGGCCCUAUCAAUAGCCCGCGCUCUUUCCGCCCAGCAACCUGAUUUACUGGUCGUGGAAUUAGCAGCUCUACUUCACGACGUUCUGGACAAGAAAUACGUGUCAAAAGCCGAAGCAGCAGACCCAUAUGGGUAUUUCCUUCCUUUUUUCCAGUCAUUGUCUUCGGAGCACGGACUAGACCUGAUUAGUGAUGGCCGGGCACGUCGGAUCGUAAAGGUCGUAGAAAACGUCUCUUGGACAACUGAGAAGGAACUGAGGUCGACAGGAAAAAUUGACGAGUGGCAUCGCGUAUGUGUUGAACUUCAUUGCGUACAAGACGCGGACCGACUUGAUGCGAUAGGAGCGUUUGGAAUCAUGCGGUGUGCUGCGUAUAGCGCUGCCGUAAAUCGCCCACUCCAUGCACCUCCAGGUCGUCUCGACACUGCGGUACAGCACUUCUACGAUAAACUCCUACAUAUCCAGGAAAGGCUAAAGACAGAGCCAGGGAAACAGAUGGGCGCAAAGCGACACCAAUUUAUGGUCGAUUUCUUGAAUUCCGUGGAAAACGAAUACAGUGCAGGAGCACUCGAAGUCGUCUGCACUGCGUAAUGGAACACGUUGCAUUCUUGGCAUUUCGAGGAACACCGCCCGCACCCGAGAAUCCUUGAAGAACAAUAGAUGAAAUAUAGAUACCUCCUCUAUACUUAUAGCUACCAUUCUCAUUA